AUGAGAAGAGAGGCAGAAGAUCUACGAAAAAAACAAGUGGUUAAAACGAUAAAAACGGCGAAUGUGGAGGUUUUAUUGCGUGUUGCGGAUGAUAGAAAUGUCGAUUUGAAGGUUCUUCUAUACUACAGAGACGCGCGGCCAGUCUAUCUCAGCCAAAAAGCACUUGGAAAACUUCAAAAUUAUUUUGAAAGUAUCGAAAAUUACUGCACUGAAAAAAGCAAGUUGAAAAAAUUCUACGACGAUAACCCUCAGUUUAACGAAGAGCUAUAUGAACAAAAGUUUGAAGACUUGGCCGAAAAUCCAGUUGUUCAAUUUCGGAAAAUCUAUGAUUUCCUUCAUUGGGACUAUCCGGGGGAAGUAGAAGCCUGGAUUAGGAAAAAUACUAAAGAAUCUUCAGAUGGAGCUUAUUCAACUUCGAGAAAUUCAUCAGCCAUCAUCUCAUCAUGGAAGCAGAAAAUCGACAAAAAAGAAAAAUUCAAAGUUGAUGGUAUUUGCAACGAAUAUUUAAAACUUCUUCAAUAUGAAUGA